GAUCGCAGGCGAUCAAACAUCUGGAGAUCCGUCCACCAUCUUCAAGUGCCACCACCUCCCUCACAACUCCCUGACAAGCCAAAUAAAAAGAUCGUCUACACCAGUCGGCAACAAAAGUGUCACAUCUUUCUCCAUCAGUCAGUAUAGUUCCCUAGAGAUUCAAGAUUUAAUGGAUGAGAAAACAAGACAGCGACAAAGUCAGACAGUCUCUCAAGGGUCUAAAGUCUCCCUUCCUAAACACACUCCUCCGCCUCCCUUACAAAGCAGUGGCAUACUUAACGGGGAUGCAGUCCGACCCCUGAGCAGCCACGGCACUUUGAGAUCUAGUUUUUCAGAUCUUCCUUCAGGCCAGCAGCCAAUCCAGCUUCUUCACAGUGCCAUCCUGGAGGACGCCUUUUCCAAAGUCAUCCGAGAAGACUCCAGUAAGACCAACGGUGAGGAAGGUAGCACACCACCGAAGAAGACCAAGGACAUCAGCUACAGGCUGGGUCAGAGGAGAGCUCUGUUUGGGAAGCGCAAACAACUGAGCGACUACGCCUUGGUCUGUGGGAUGUUUGGCAUUAUUGUCAUGGUCAUCGAGACGGAGCUGUCAAGGGGAUUUUACACCAAGGAAUCCAUGUAUUCAUAUGUUCUAAAAGGCCUGAUCAGCCUUUCUACUGCUAUUCUGCUGGGACUCAUUGUGAUGUACCAUGCAAGGGAAAUCCAGCUCUUCAUGGUGGACAACGGGGCUGACGAUUGGAGGAUAGCAAUGACUUUUGAGCGACUUGUCUUCAUCGUGUUGGAGCUCCUCAUCUGUGCCAUUCAUCCAAUCCCAGGGAAAUACGUGUUCACCUGGACGACUCGACUGGCCUUCAGCUAUGCAGCAUCGGUGGCGUACGCCGACGUAGACAUCAUCCUCUCUGUGCCGAUGUUCCUUCGCCUCUACCUGAUUGGCCGGGUCAUGCUGCUGCACAGCAAGCUGUUCACAGACGCUUCCUCUCGCAGCAUCGGUGCGCUCAAUAAGAUCAACUUUGACACUCGUUUUGUCAUGAAGACCCUAAUGACCAUCUGUCCUGGCACAGUGCUGCUAGUCUUCAGUGUGUCCUGUUGGAUCAUUGCUGCGUGGACAGUGCGUGUUUGUGAAAGGUAUCACGAUGCACAGGAAGUAACCAGCACUUUCCUUGGAGCAAUGUGGCUCAUCUCCAUUACCUUCCUGUCCAUCGGCUAUGGGGACAUGGUCCCUCACACCUACUGUGGAAAAGGGGUUUGCCUGUUAACUGGAAUUAUGGGAGCAGGUUGUACAGCCUUAGUCGUGGCCGUUGUCGCAAGAAAAUCAGAACUCACCAGAGCUGAGAAACAUGUCCACAACUUUAUGAUGGAUACCCAAAUCUACAAAAAGAUCAAGAACACAGCAGCAAAUGUGUUGAGAGAGACAUGGCUCAUUUACAAAAACACAAAGCUGGUCAAGAAGAUUGACCAUGCCAGAGUACGCCACCAUCAGCGUAAAUUCUUGCAAGCCAUCCACCAACUGCGACGAGUGAAAAUGGAGCAAAGGAAAUUAACUGACCAGGCCAAUACAGUUGCUGAUCUUGCAAAGACUCAGAACAUGAUGUACGAUCUGGUAUCAGAGCUGCAGCAUCGAAGUGGUGAGCUGGACAGUAGGAUUGUGGCUCUGGAAGAGAAACUGGACUCCAUCCUUCAAUGUGUGCAGUCGCUGCCCGUUGUGCUUUCUCAAGCAAUAGCAAAGUUACAAAAGGAUUUCCUGGAUGACUUGGCUUGCCGUGUACACUUCCUAUCAUCCUCCCUGAGCUCUGAGUGCUGCUCAGUGCCGGCCAAGCAGCUUUGUCCAGGAUCCACUGCACCGGAGACACCAUACAACUGAAUGGCCGUUCCUCAGUGCUUUUACUUUUAGUGUGCAACCGUUUACAAUACUGGGAUGGACUUUCUCAACAUGAACUCUGCUACGUGUUUAUUGAGUCAUACACAUUCACUCCUGGGAGUUGCAGCUGCACCACCAGUGUAAGGGGAAGACCCUUUGUAAGGGGACUUUAGAGGAAAAGGAAAAACAUUAUUCCUUCAUUUCCUCUCCCAAGAGGGGGGACUGUGCAGAAGACAGAGAGAUGUUCAUGAACGAUUAAGAAGUGAAAAAAAGUUUUUAAAAAAAAUGCUCAU